AUGGCAUCCACUGCAGGACGAAAACAUCAAGAAAAUAUCCGAAUGGCAUCAUUUAAAGGGAAAAACUCGACUGAAGAUGGCCUGAACAGACUUGCACCAUUGGAUGGUAGAAAAACCUUGCAGACACUACAGUAUUCAGCUGUGAAAGACCGAAAAAAUUUAGGAAAAGAUGCUCUCUUGAAUGCACAGAAAGAGAAAUGUGGAAAGGACACCAUCCAGAUUUACGUUGAUCCUGAAACUCCAGCAACCAAGGACAAGACUUAUGAUGACAAAGGAGUUCAGACUGAAAAGAAAUCCAAAUUGGUCGAUGAUAUUGACCAGGAGGCUUAUGAUUUAAUGGUUAAUGAGGAAAUUCCAGAGAAUUACUGGCGAGAUUUAGCUGAACGUAGGAGAGAAGCAUUGGAUGAAUCAUUGAAUGAAAAUGAACAGCUACACAGCGAGAUUGAGGAACUUAGGAAUGAAAAUGAAAAAUUGACAAAGAUGGCAAGCCAAGCAGAAUAUUUUGCUGAUGUAAUACAAGAAUUGGUUGGUGUUAGUGAAGAAAAGGAGACAAAAGAGAGUGAAGAAAAAUCUGAAGACCAUGAAGAGGAGCCAGUUACCUGUGAUAGAGUGUGUGAUGAUAGUGAAGAUAGUAUCUCAAAAUCAGAGUGUGACAAGGAGGAAGAUGAAUGUUCAGAAAACAGCAAAGGUGAAUGCCAGUCAAACAAAGAGGAGGAAUCAUCCUGA